AAGGGAUCAGCAGACAAAGAGAGUUAUUUAUCCUUUUAUACGGUUCGUCCUUAUGAUUUAAACAGUAUAUGUCAACAACAAAGUUAUAUUGAUUUCACGGUCUCUUUAUUUAAUUUUUUUCAAUUUACAGAAACUAUGUGCUAAAAUCAUGCCAGAAUUUAAUGGCGAAGAAUUCAUAGAACUUCGUAAGCAACACGCAAAAUAUUUUCGAAUACGUAGAAUACAGUGUCUAAAUGGUUUGUUUUUAGAGGUUCUCUGCGACGGUGAAGUUAGAGGAACAGUCCAAGAUUCAACAAAAUACGGUGUGUUUCAUUUGGUAACUGUUGGGGUAAACAAGUUGGCAAUAAGAAGUUUAAUGACUGGUUUGUUUGUUGCAAAUGGUGUGGAUAACAAAGUUGAGUCAAAGGAAGAUAUCGAUUCAACUUGUGUGUUUGAAGAAAGGUUUUAUGAAAACUUCUGCGUUGCUUACAUCAGUGAAACAAGUAAAAAGCCAUGCGCACUUACAAUUAAUUCAUUUGGUCAGACCUAUUUAACAGAUACUGGAGUAACUCCGAUUCUUCAAAAAGCUCUUACUCAAAGUCAAUCAAUGGAGUUCGAAAAACCUAAGCCAAGACUUAGACGUAAUGCAAGUCAAGUCAACGAACAACUCGGUUUAGUCUCAUUAAAAAAAUAUUACGAAAUUAACGCAACAACUUGCUUCAAAAAUGAUAGCUUGAACGCAAAGUUUAAACGUAUGUGCAACUCCACAAAGUCGAACUCCUUAGUAAAUAAAAAAAUACAAACCGAAAGCAGAAUACACGAUCUUACACCUAACUCGUUAUUCAAAAUUAUCACGUUAUCGCACAAUGAUAACCAACUGUAUUUAAGUAUCGCGCGAAGUUUAGAUAAAUAACAAUAAAAACAAUAUUUACAAUGAAUGCUACAUUUUUAA